CGAAUAACAGAGUACGACAGACUACUCCGUGCGAAGCAAUCCUUCGACCGUUCUUCUCAGUUCUCUCCAUCUCUCUCUGUUAGCAGAAAGAAAUCUAACCCAGGAAAAUUCAGUAUGCGCCUCAUUCAUCAAAUUCAAACACCAUAGAGAUCGAGCUCAUUAUAGCGUUUGAGCAAUUCCACAAGACCCUGACAUUUUCAAUCUCAAUUCUCACACGUAAAUGGACAUACUAUUUGCUCAGAUCCAAGCGGACCUCCGGUCCAACGACGCUCUCCGUCAAUCCGGCGCACUCCUUCAAGCUCUCCAGCAAUCGGCGGCGGGCCGCGACAUCUCCGUGAUCGCUAAGUCCGCCGUGGAAGAGAUCGUGGCCUCUCCGGCCUCCGCCAUAUCGAAAAAGCUAGCAUUCGACUUAAUUCGCUCAACACGCCUCACCGCCGACCUUUGGGAAACCGUCUGUACUGGCAUUCGCUCCGAUCUCGACUUCCCCGAUCCUGAUGUCACUGCCGCCGCAGUCUCCAUACUCGCCGCCAUACCCUCGCACCGUCUCGGUAAGCUAAUCGCCGAUUGCAAUAAAGAAAUCUCCAACUGCUUCGACUCUCCCAGCGACAAUCUCCGCUUCUCCAUCACGGAAACCCUUGGUUGCAUCCUCGCGCGGGAUGAUCUCGUGACAUUAUGUGAGAACAACAUGAAUUUGUUGGAUAGGGUUUCGAAUUGGUGGACUAGAAUUGGUCAUAAUAUGCUGGACAAGUCUGAUGCGGUGUCAAAAGUCGCGUUUGAGUCCGUUGGAAGGUUGUUUCAGGAGUUUGAAUCGAAAAGAAUGAGCCGAUUGGCUGGUGAUAAGCUAGUAGAUAGUGAAAAUUCCGUUGCCAUUCGAUCAAAUUGGGUUUCAUCCAUGGUUGACUUUGUAUGGAGGAAGCGAAGCACGAUAAUGUCAAGGUCAUUAAUUCUUCCGGUGGAGAGUUUUAGGGCCACUGUCUAUCCACUUGUGUAUGCGGUGAAAUCAGUGGCUUCGGGUUCAAUUGAAGUGAUUCGGAAGCUUUCGAGGUCGUCCAAAAGUCCCAGUGCCAAUGGAAUGGAGUCCGGUAAUGGGGAGAGGUUUGUGGGAGUGUCGGAUGUGGUUACGCACUUGGCACCAUUCUUGGCAUCGUCGUUAGAUCCGGCAUUGAUUUUUGAGGUGGGGAUUAACAUGUUGUACUUGGCUGAUGUCCCUGGAGGCAAGCCAGAGUGGGCUUCCUCGGCGACCAUUGCAAUUCUUACUCUUUGGGACAGGCAAGAAUUUUCUUCGGCAAGGGAGAGUAUUGUGAGGGCUGUUGUUACGAAUCUACAUCUUCUUGAUCUUAGUAUGCAGGUUUCUUUGUUUAAAAGGUUGCUUCUCAUGGUGAGAAACUUGAGGGCUGAAUCAGAUCGCAUGCAUGCUUUAGCAUGCAUUUGUAGGACUGCUCUGUGUGUUGAUCUGUUCGCAAAGGAAAGUGUUCGAAGAGGUCAGAAACCUGUUCCUGGAACUGAUAUUGCUUCACUUUUUGAGGAUGCACGGAUUAAAGAUGACCUCAACAGUGUAACAAGCAAAGGUUUAUUCAGAGAAGAAUUAGUUGCCACAUUGGUAGAAAGCUGCUUUCAGUUGUCCUUGCCUUUGCCUGAACAAAAAAAUUCAGGUAUGGAGAGCAGAGUGAUUGGAGCAUUGGCAUAUGGAACUGGUUAUGGCGCACUAAAUUGGACAGAGCCGGCUUUGGAAGUGGUGGAAGUGUGUAGGCCAUGUGUUAGGUGGGAUUGCGAGGGUCGAACAUAUGCCAUUGAUUGCUAUCUGAAGCUGCUGGUUAGGCUUUGUCAUAUUUAUGAUACCAGGGGAGGUGUCAAAAGAGUCAAGGACGGGGCGUCUCAGGAUCAGAUUUUAAAUGAAACACGAUUGCAAAACUUGCAAUGGGAACUUGUCAAAGAUCUACGCGAGGUGAAUACCCCUAGAAUUCUUGCUCGUCUAAUUUGGGCUAUCUCAGAACAUAUUGAUCUAGAAGGUUUGGAUCCACUUCUAGCUGAUGAUCCCGAGGACACGCUAAACAUUUUUAUAUCCAAUAUCCAUAAAAUGUUGUUCAAUAUUGAAUCAUCUGCAACUACAACAAAUAGGCUUCAAGAUGUUCAGGCAGUUCUUCUAUGUGCUCAGAGGUUGGGGUCACGAAAUGCUAGGGCAGGGCAGUUGCUGACCAAAGAGCUUGAAGAGUUUCGGAGCAACGGCUUGGCUGAUUCAGUUAACAAGCAUCAAUGCCGUUUAAUAUUGCAGAGAAUCAAAUAUGUUUCUAGUCAUCCAGAAAUCAAGUGGGCUGGUGUAAGUGAAGCCACAGGAGAUUACCCAUUUAGCCACCACAAAUUAACUGUUCAGUUUUAUGAAGCACCUACAGCUCAGGACCGAAAGUUGGAAGGGUUGGUUCACAAGGCUAUUUUAGAACUUUGGAGCCCUGAUCCUAAUGAAUUAACUCUAUUGCUAACAAAAGGAAUUGACUCCACUUUACUAAAAGUUCCUCCGAGUGCAUAUACUCUGACUGGUAGUAGUGACCCUUGCUAUGUCGAAGCAUAUCAUUUGACAGAUUCAAGUGAUGGAAGGAUCACUCUGCAUCUCAAGGUUCUAAAUUUGACUGAAAUUGAGCUGAAUCGGGUCGAUAUUCGAGUUGGGCUAUCUGGUGGAUUAUAUUUUAUGGAUGGAUCUCCUCAAGCAGUGCGGCAAUUGCGCGAUCUUAAUUCACAGGAUCCAGUGCUUUGCAGUGUGACUGUAGGCGUCUCCCACUUUGAGAGAUGUGCUCUUUGGGUUCAAGUGUUGUACUACCCCUUUUAUGGUAGUGGUGCUUCAGGAGAUUAUGAAGGGGACUAUGCUGAUGAAGAUCCACAAGUCAUGAGACAAAAGAAAAGUCUAAGGCCAGAACUAGGAGAACCUGUGAUUUUGAGAUGUCUUCCUUACAAGAUUCCAUUGUCUGAGAUUCUCAUGCCACAUAAAAUCUCACCUGUGGAAUAUUUCCGCCUAUGGCCUAGUUUACCUGCAAUAGUGGAGUACACUGGCACAUACACAUAUGAAGGAAGUGGAUUUAAGGCUACUGCUGCACAGCAAUAUGGGGCUUCCCCUUUUCUGAGUGGACUGAAAUCUCUGUCUUCCAAGCCUUUCCAUAGAGUUUGCUCACAUAUUAUCCGGACAGUGGCUGGAUUUCAGCUCUGCUUUGCUGCAAAAACAUGGUAUGGAGGCUUCUUGGGCAUGAUGAUUUUUGGUGCCAGUGAAGUGAGCAGAAAUGUGGACCUGGGUGAUGAGACAACGGCCAUGAUGUGCAAAUUUGUUGUUCGAGCUUCUGAUGCAUCCAUCACAAAGGAGAUUGAGUCAGACCUACAGGCCUGGUUGGAUGACCUUACUGAUGGCGGGGUUGAGUACAUGCCAGAAGAUGAAGUAAAGGUGGCUGCUGCUGAGAGAUUAAGGACCUCAAUGGAACGGAUAGCCUUGUUAAAGGCUGCUCAACCCCGUCCCAAGGCUCCAAAAUCUGAUGACAAAGAAGAAAAAGGCAACGAGGAGCAAGACGACGAUAAAAAGACAACAGAGGACAAGGAAAAGAAAGAAAAAGGGGAGAAACCAUCAACUUUGUUUGAGUUAACUGCGGAGGAGGUUGAGCAUCGUGCUCUACAGGCCGCUGUGCUACAAGAGUGGCAUAUGUUGUGCAAAGAUAGAAGCACCAAAGCUAAUUAACUCCAGAACUUUAGAAGGCAAGGAAAGUUUUGAAUAUAUUUUUUUUACUGUUGUAUUUCUGUUUAGUUACUUGGGUUAGGUAGUUGGCAGAUAUAGGUGCUACUUUUUUCAUUGUAUGUUCUCCGUUGGCCUCCCCUCCUCCUCUUUUUCUUUCAUUUUCCUCUGUUGCGUUGUUAUUCUUUGUGGUGUUGUAUUCUUGUACCGACUAGUCAUCAGGCAGUUGAUGUUGAUAAAGUGAUUGAGAUUAAUACAUUUUUAUUGAAAGAUUCUUUGGCGG